GUUGUGACGCAGAUUAUGCAGAAGAAAAAAAAAGACUAUUGAAUUUUGCGCUGGAGACCGUCAGGGAGAAAGAAUGGUUCUCUCCAAAUUACCCUCCCAAACUGGCAUCCAGGGGCUUGUAGAUGUGGCUCAGUAUGAGCUCAGAUGGGUGAGAGCCUGGGUCCCAUCCUGAGCACCCCCAAAACAAAGCAAGAUUGACAGCGAUGCCUCUUCUGAACUGGGGCCAGAUUGGUUCUCAUCUGUGUUAAUGGAGACUCCCCCUAGGCAAAACUGCCUGGCAUCUGUGCAAUUCAUCUGAGUAAGAAAUGGAACAAGAGUCACGUCUCUACUUCCGGGAGAAGCUGAGGGCACUGGACUUGUGCCCCAGGGCUGCCUGGAGCCUGGGGUGUCCCUGGCUUUUUCUGACAGAGGCCAAGGCUCACCAAUGUCAUCAGGCCUCUCCAUGAGAGACGGAAACCAAACCAACUUCUCAGUGGAUAACACCACAUCAACAAUGGCCCCUGGACUGGCCACCACCGGGGGCCGGGCAUGGCCCGUGCUGGUGGGGGUUGUAUUGGGGGCGGUGGUCCUCUCCAUCCUCAUCGCGCUUGCUGCCAAGUGCCACCUCUGCCGCAAGUACCGGGCCAGCUAUCAGCAUCGCCCGCUGCCGGGAACGAGGGGCGGGAACCACCCACAGGUGGGCGAAGAUGACGAUGAUGAUGGCUUCAUUGAGGACAAUUACAUUCAGCCUGGUGCCGGUGAGAUGGAGACAGCAGGCAGCCGGGACCACUUCGCUCUGUGAGCCCCAUCUUUGGACACUCCCCACUUCCCUCCAUGCCCGGCACUUUAAAGACAGUGAUGCCUCAAGCCUCAGGGUCAGAAGUGGCUAGUAUUUAAAACUUGACCAGGACUCAGUUUUCUGAUACUAGUCACCAAAGUGACAAUUCUGUUGCUCAGUAACUCUUUGCAUGGCUCCCUGCUCUCCCAGGAUAAACCCUGACAGUGCGUGAAUGUGGAGAAAGGCCCCAAUAGCAGGCCUCUUGAUUUCCUUUCCUCGCCUCUCUCCCCCCUACUUUACUAAGUUUUUACAGUAGUCACCCCCUGCCUGGGCUGCUUUGCCCUUCAUCACCAUGGCAGCCCUGACCUACAAGUCCCAGGAUUUCACACAUGCCCCAGCAGAAGGCAGUGCCAAUUUUCUUACUGAAAAUUUUUUCUUAUCAAAAUAAAGUAUGUGACUUGGUUUUAAUAUGUCAUGUUUUUCACAGGAAUUAAUAAACCUAUUUUCAUUUUGGAUUAA